AUGACGUCAGAAAUUCCUUUUAUAUCAGAAUCUAUCCAUGAACAUGAUCGACCUUUACUUGAAUAUUCUACUCUAAAUAGUACAUUACCUAAUCGUUUAUUAAGUCCAAUAACAGAAAAUUCAACUGAAAUUCUUUCAACACCUAUUCCAAUAAACAAAAUAUGUUCAAAUACAUCUCAAAAAACAAUAAAUCUUGUUUUGAAAAAUGAUAAUUUAACAAUCGAUGAACAUAAUCAUAUAUUUCUACAAAAAUUUCAUCAAUGUAUUAAAAACUUUCACAAUAUACAAAAUUAUUUGAAUAAAUUUGAUCAACAUUUUAAAGAACUAUCAAUCAUCAUUGAAUGUCUUCGAACUAAUAAAAAUUUUAUUGAUACAAUCGAAUUGAUUGAAACACGUCUUUUACAAAUGAAUGUUAAACGAAAUCAAAUUGAUCAUUUACUAAAUCAACCUUCCAUAAAACAUAUUAUAGAAAAAAUAGUGCCAUUUAUUCUCAAAUCGAAAUUAAUUAUAGAUUAUAAGGAAUUAUUAACUUCAAUACAAUUAAGUAUGAAUCAAAAAUCAACUUUAAUUGAUCAUCUUAAAAAUGAAUAUCGAUAUACAAAAUAUCAAUUGAAUGAAUAUUCCUUAAAACUUAAACAACGACAUGAAUUACUAAUUAAAUUAACAAAACAAAUUCAAGAAUUUCUAAUUCAACAUGAUAGAAUAAUUAAACAAACAAAUCAUAUAUUAAUUAUUAAUCAACAUAAUCGACAAUCAAAUGAAUUAAUAAAUUUAUCAAAUGAAUUUGAACAACUUCAAAAUGAAAAUUAUUUAUUAACAUUAAAAGCUAAAGAAAAUCUUCAAAGGUUUUCUAUGAUUAUGCAAUCAAAUCAUCAUUAA